AUGGCUUCUGUGUACAAGGUUGUUUUCAUCAGGCAUGGAGAGAGUGUUUACAAUCAGGAGAACAGAUUUUGUGGGUGGCAUGAUGCUGACCUGUCUCCUAAGGGUGAGCAGGAGGCGCAAAAUGCAGGGAAAAUGAUUAAGGAGAGGGGUCUUUCUUUUGAUGUUGCGUUUACCAGUGUCCUAAAACGUGCCAUAAAAACUCUCAAUCAUGUGCUUGAAGUGAAUGACUUGCACUGGAUUCCAGUCUAUAAGUCAUGGCGUUUGAAUGAGCGGAUGUACGGUGGCUUGCAGGGAUUGAACAAAUCCGAAACAGCUGCAAAGCAUGGUGAAGAUCAAGUUAAAGUCUGGCGUCGUGCUUAUGACAUCUCGCCUCCUCCUCUGGAGGUUUCGGAUAAACGCUGGCCAGGUCUCGAGGAGAAGUACAAGCUGCUUGAUAUUGAGUGUAUUCCGGUUACGGAAUGUCUAAAAGAUACCGUCGAACGUGCUCUUCCUUUCUGGUUUGAUUCAAUUGUUCCUGCCAUUAAGCAAGGCAAACGGGUUUUGAUCACUGCUCACGGAAAUAGUCUUCGCGCCAUUGUUAAGUUUUUGGACAAUGUUUCCGAUAAGGACAUUGUGGAACUCAACAUACCCACCGGGAUUCCACUCGUUUAUGAAUUGGAUAAGAACCUUCGCCCUGUGAAACACUAUUACCUGGCUGAUGAUGCUACUGUUGCGGCCGCCAUCAGCAGCGUGGCAAAUCAGGGCAAGGCCAAGUAG